ACUUCGUCGCUCUUUCAUGAAAAGAGUACACACCCAUAGCAACACAAACAUCAGCAUCCUGUCAGAGCUGAAACGAUGAAGCAGUCCAGACAUUAGAUACAAGUCAAACCAUCUGACGGAAAUCAACAGCACAGGUCUAUUUACUUUAAUAUACGGGUAGCGAUGCAAGCGGACGACGCCAGAUAUUUAAAACGGAAAUAUAAGGGUGGCAGUUUAGAUGUUCACCCCACAGAAAAAGCCCUCGUUGUCCAGUAUGAAGUGGAAGCCACAAUCCUGGGUGAGAUGGGAGACCCAAUGCUAGGAGAACGCAAGGAGUGCCAGAAGAUAAUUCGUCUGAAAAGCCUGAAUUCCAACACAGACAUUGCGUCUUUAGCACGGAAGGUAGUGGAGGAAUGUAGACUCAUUUCCCCUUCCAGACUUCCGGAGGUGGAACAGUUAUUGUUCUACCUGCAGAACCGCAAGAAAUCUGCUGAAAAGAAAGAGAAGAAACAGAUCAAGCCAAGAGACCUGACUCCUUUUGAAGGCAUGGAGCUGGAUGAGGAGGCCAACAUUAAUAGCAUAGAUGACUAUAUUGAGCUCCUGUACGAGGACAUCCCUGAGAAGAUCAGAGGAGCUACACUCAUCCUCCACUUGGCCCGUAACCCUGACAACCUGGAGGAGUUGCUGCAGAAUGAGACAGCUCUGGGCGCGCUGGCCCGGGUCCUGAGGGAAGACUGGAAGCAGAGUGUCGAUUUGGCAACCACCAUCAUCUAUGUCUUCUUCUGCUUCUCCAGUUUCUCCCAGUUCCAUGGCCUGAUCACUCACUACAAGAUCGGCGCACUGUGCAUGAGCAUAAUUGAGCAUGAGCUGAAGCGCUAUGACCUAUGGCAGGACGAACUGCAGAAGAAAAAGAAGGCUGGGGAUGAUGACCCAGACAAUCAGAACCUGAAGAAGGAGUACGAGAAAGCCCUGAAGAAGUACCAUGGACUGCUGACCAAACAGGAACAGCUUUUAAGAGUGGCUCUGUACCUGCUGCUGAAUCUGUCUGAGGACACCCGCACAGAGCUGAAGAUGAGGAACAAGAACAUUGUCCACCUUCUGGUGAAAACGCUGGACAGAGACAGUGAGGAGCUACUGGUGCUGGUGGUGUCCUUCCUCAAGAAGCUCAGUAUCUUCUUAGAGAAUAAAAAUGACAUGGCUGAGGUAGAUACAGUAGAGAAGCUGGCGAAACUGGUCCCCUGUGAACAUGAAGAUCUUUUGAACGUCACUCUUCGCCUCCUCCUUAAUCUUUCCUUUGACACCGGCCUUCGCAGCAAGAUGGUGGAGGUGGACCUUCUGCCCAGACUCACCGCAUUGCUAGGAGACGAAGCGCAGAGACAGAUCGCCAUGUGCAUUCUGUACCACAUCAGCAUGGACGAUCGUUUCAAGUCCAUGUUUGCCUACACGGACUGCAUUCCACAGGUAAUGAAGAUGCUGUUUGAUUGUGGUGAGGAGAGGAUUGACGCUGAGCUCAUUUCCUUCUGCAUUAACCUGGCUGCUAACAAAAGGAAUGCUCAGAUUAUGUGUGAGGGCAAUGGUCUGAAGAUGCUGAUGAAGAGAGCACUGAAGCUAAAGGAUCCUCUAAUGAUGAAGAUGAUCCGAAAUAUAUCUCAGCAUGAUGGACCAUCUAAAAAUCUUUUCAUUGACUAUGUUGGAGACCUGGCGGCUCAGAUCGGACUGAAGGAAGAAGAGGAGUUUGUGAUUGAGUGCUUGGGCACGCUUUCCAAUCUUACCAUUCCUGAUUUAGAUUGGGAACUUGUGCUAAAGGAGUACAACCUGGUGCCUUAUCUCAAAGACCACCUCAAACCAGGCUCUGCAGAGGAUGACCUCAUUCUGGAGGUGGUGAUUAUGAUUGGCACUGUUUCAAUGGAUGACUCCUGUGCCGUAAUGUUGGCCAAAUCAGGCAUCAUUCCUGCUCUAAUAGAACUACUGAACGCCCAGCAAGAAGAUGAUGAGUUUGUCUGUCAAAUUGUAUACGUCUUUUACCAAAUGGUGUUUCACCAGGCCACUCGAGAUGUCAUUAUAAAAGAAACUCAGGCUCCAGCUUAUCUCAUUGACCUAAUGCACGACAAAAAUGCAGAAAUACGCAAAGUGUGUGACAAUACAUUGGACAUCAUUGCUGAAUAUGAUGUGGAGUGGGGCAAGAAGAUCCAGAGCGAGAAGUUCCGCUGGCAUAACUCUCAGUGGCUGGAGAUGGUGGAGAACCGACAAAUGGAUGAGGCAGAGCCUUUCAUGUAUGGAGACGACGGAGAACCUUUUCUCCAAAAUGGUGACAUCCUGGAACGACCAGACCUCUUCUACAGUGCAGAUGGAAUAAUCCCAGCAGAUGGUGCCAUUAGUCCCGAGUUCUUCACAGACUUCCAGAAUGGAGACCUGUUAGGACCACAGGGUUUCCCCAGCAGCAGUUAUAUGACUGGCUGACAGAUGGCUGUGUCUCUUUUCCGCCAGUUCUUUGACAGACGGAUACGGACAGAUGGGUGUGACUCCAGCACGUCCUGCCACGGCUUACGGCUUUCGGCCUGAUGAGCAGUUUUAUUAUGGUUACACAGCGUCACGGUAGGAGAGUGUCAGGGAAGCCCUUCGUAAACUCUGAAAACCAAUUAAAUGGAUCUCAAAUGAUGUUAGUUAGGUAUGGUCUCUCUAUCAUUUCAAAUGAAAGCAACACUACUGAUUUUCUUCAUUGUCAGUUUUUCUUUCUAUAUUUAUUACAUUCCACGUGAAACUCAGUCUGAAUGUGUUUUAAGCAGAAUGUUCUCAAUGAAGCUUUGAUUUUGGGCUAGAUCAUGUAGUUUCAGUGUAUGCUUUAGCCUAUUGGUCAACACUGAAGAAACUAAUGGCACCACAUUGCCUUUUCUGUGCAAUAUGUCAAAAGUAGGCGUUCAGUUGCAUGCUAUUUCAGGGUGUAGGCGAGUUAAGUUUUGGGGGUUAAAAACAUCUACUCUUUAUCCAUUAUAACAGUCAUGUCAGUUUAACUGCCUGAUGGUGGUUCAGAUUUAGGUUUCUGGAAACAAAAUCUUGUGAAGCUUCAGCUUUAACUCAUGUAUUAAUAGUUAAUAGUCAAUCAUUGUUGUUCAUUAUCAAUUUUGCAUGUUUACAUAAAGCGACUGACUGUAAGGGUCAUUUUAAAGAUUGUGGUGCCCUCUUGUGGACUCACCUAUGAAAUUACAUAAUAUUUUCAAAUACAUUACAUACAAAACUGCUGUCUUUAAAUACUCUACAAGCACAGUGCCCAUGGUAACAACAAUGUCAUUUUGCAGUCUUAAUAUCUUCAGUACUCACUAAUGUGAUUGUGUGAAACAAUGUUGCCUGUUACUUUGCCUUUGAUACUGUAGCACAAAUAUUACAACACAUCUUUGCUUUUUAAUGGUGCACUGCUAACAACUUCUUAUGUAUUUUGUUAUGUAGAACUCAAGUGUUCUUUUUUAAAAUAAUACUGGUCUCUUGAUGUGCGUUUUAGUAUUUAUGAAACUCCGUUUCAUUGGUGCCUGGGGAUUGUCUUAAUUACUGUUUUAUAUAAAAUGCCUUUUUAUUUAAUGUGGUGCAAUAUGAAAUACAUAAAUUGAUGUGCAAAACUU